CAAUCUCUGCUCAAUCGUCUAAUUGUAGAUUCAGAGUACAUUGCCUGCCAUGGACUCUCCUUACCGCCGAUCAAGCCCGCCGAAAUCACUGCGUUUUAAUGGAACAAAACAAUCGACAGCAAAAACACUGCGUCGACCCAUUUGUACAUGAGGACGUAAGGCACAGGUUAAAUCAUUGAACAGUCAAUUUCAAGGCAGGUGUCAGUCUUGAUAUAAUCCCUGCAAUCGCCCUUGUACGCUACUACCUAGUAUGACUCGUGGCUCUCGAAAAGUUUCCUUGCACACUUCUGGUUCACGUUUCGUUGCACUACAUGCGGUAUCCCGCGGCAUCCGUGACAAACUUGCCGGCCAGUCCGCCUCGGCUUCGUUUCGACGAUCUCCCGACAUUGCUGCUCCGGGAUGCAUCGGAACCGCCGAUGCUCCCGUGGCCCGUGCGCCCUCCGGGUCGCUGCCGUCCCGCAUCGAACAGACGCGACGCCACGGUCGGCGGCCCUUCUCCCCCGCCCACGGGGCCCUUGCUGCCGCCCCCCUUGGAAGAGGAUUCUUCGAGGAGGGCCUUCCUUUGGCUAUGGACGAAUUUCCAGUAGUCGGUCGUUUCCUUGAGAUCCUGCGCAACCUCAUGUUGGGUACCGGCCAGGUCGUUCUGGCUUUCCUCUAGCCGUUGCCCCAGGCUCUGCAGAGCCGCGAUAAGAUCCGAGAUCCGUGACGAAGGAACAUCUCGCGACAACACCACCGGGAGGGACUCUCCCUGCCAGCUGAAACUUCGGGAUUUUUGGCAGAGCUUGCCUUUCAGCACGUUGGCGUACAAACAUCGAAUCAGGACGUCCUCAACGGCUCUGAUAUUCCCUGUCAAUCCCAGGGGUUUGGCCAGGGAAUCAUACGAAACGGAUGUUUUCCCGUUGAAACAGGCAUCUUGAAUGCAAGACAAGACGGUUAAUUGACCCAGCUUCCCCAGGGCCUGGUCAUUAAGGGGUAGAAAGUAGUCUUUGCCCACGUUUUCGCGUGCGUUGUAGUCCAUUAGAGUCCCAAAGCUGAACAAAUCGAGGGUGUUGAACAAACUGCUGUGGGGACCACCAGCGGCGGAAUCAGAGUUCUUUUCUUCCUGCGGCAAAAGAAGUGGCAGACAGCAGCUCUUGAAUUGGUCAAAACCGCAAAAUAUUUGCGGGUGGGAAAAGGUUUUGAGAGCCAGGGAUCGCACCGUGGAAAGGUUCAUCUUCGAAGUCGUUCCGUCCUUCAACGUGUCGAGGAACGGCCGCAUCGAAGCAUCGGUGUCGAGAAGCCCCUCAAUGGCAUCGGUCUCGCUUUUCGCUGCGGGCAUCGUCUGUUUGUGCUCGGCGCAGUAUGAUUUGGAUCUUUUAGAUUGAUGGUCGGUAGUGCUGGAUUCUCUUCAGAACAAAAGGGUUCGAGAUUGUGAAAGUGUGAACAAUAAUCAGAUCGUGUCUCG